GUGACUUUUUUGAAGUUUCUUUUUUUUUCUCUCUUACACUUUUUAUCAUGGCUGUACCGCGUGUUCACCAAUCGGCAUUUACACCUGGAGAAAUCGAAUUUGUUGCAGGCAAUGAAAAAAUUACUAUUAUUCCUAAGGCCAAAAUGAGUAAAAUGUCUCUAGUCCAGGGAAAAUCGGGACCCUUUCAACCUCCUUUAACAGCUGAAGUCGCAAUAUGGUUAGCCUUAAUCAUGAAGAAGAAUAACAAGUGUAGUAUUGUCUGUCCUGACUGGCUCAGUCUUGAGUUUUUAAAAGCAAAACAUGAGCAUGAAGAACAAGAUCUAGACUUUAGUACCAUGCCUUUUCAUUACAUGGAAAUUGCUCAAAUGUUGUUGGAAACUGCUCCUGAUGAUAUUCCCAAUGCCGAACAAGUCCGUACCAUUUUAAAAGAUAUCCGAGAGACAAGACAAGCCAAAGCAAGAUUGGGUAUUAAAGAGUUAGACGAAAGCUGGCUUGGUAUGAAAAAUUUCUCCUGUAUGGAAGUGAAUGAGGUCAGACCCAUCUUUUGUCGUGCAUACGACGAAAUUAGAAAACUUAGUGAAAUAGACGAUGUGGAAGAAGAGGAUCAAAGUACGCAAGGAACCAACACAACUUUUUAGGAUACCCCCACCCUCCACACCUCUUUUAAAAUUUAUUAUACAUAACGUGGUAAAACAGAAAAGGGUUGAAUAGGACUGGUGGAUUCUAGUUCAAGUGCGUAAAAUAAACAGGCUUUUGUACGAUCUAAUCGAUCCGUUUGACGAUAUAUCUCACCCAAAUGGAACCUAUACACAUACAUAUUUUUACUCAUUGAGUACUUUUCCAUAUCAUAUUAAAACAUUGUCUAUGACUUACCAAGCUUCUGCACAAUCCCAU